AUGGCCCCCAUUGCUGCCCAUUUGAUUCGAGGCAUUCCCAUCGACAGCUUAGGCGACUUGCGGGAUCGUCCGCUUGUUGCGAAAGAGGCGAAGGAAAAAGUCCUUGCCAAAAGGAUGGGCGAUGAGAUUCAUGGGCACUUCGUUUACGCCGAUUCUUUUGGCAACAGCGUGACCAACAUUUUCGCUGAGGACAUUCCAGACCAGUGGGAAGCUAAUCGAAUUCACAUCGGGUCGGACUUGUUUCACGUAGAUGGAUUGAUCAAGACUUAUGGAGAGCGUGAGCCUGGAUCGUUGGUAGCACUGAUCGGUUCGUCUGGGCAAUUAGAGUUGGCUGUCGUGCAGGGCAACGCCGCCCAAAAGUAUGGUUUUGAAUAUGCCAACGUGCCGAGUCGCAUCUCCGGAAAAGUCGUAUCCAUCUCGGAAACGGGAGACGCCAUUACCGACUUGGCUCACGAUCAAUUGGCCGAUGUCCCGCAAGAUGACCGGACUUCGAUCGAGUGCGGCGGACAUACGACGCUGGGAGUCUAUCCGCUGGAUCACGACCAACCAGAAAUGACCUACGUCGCGAUUCUGGGAAAAAGUGGCUGCUUGGAACUGUCCCUCAUUGGUGAUAGUGCUGCGAAGUUUCUGGGACUGAAAGUCAACGACGAAGUGACGAUCAAGCGAUUCGGUUUCUGGGCCGCCUACUUCUUAGUCGUCGCCAGUAUGGUCGGGGCCGGCAUUUUGACUUCGUCUGGAUUCACGUUGCAUGAUACAGCCAAUCCGGCUGGCUUGAUGAUGAUCUGGACGCUCGGCGGAAUCUUGGCAUUGUGCGGAACCGUAACGAUCGCGGAACUUGCCACCAUGCUGCCCAAAGCAGGCAGCGAUUAUCUGUUUGUGCGUGAAGCUUAUGGACGUGAAGCAGGUAUCGUCGUCGGCUGGGCCACGUUCGUUUUAGGGUUCGCCGCGCCAACCGCUGUCGUAGCGAGACUAUCUGCCAAUUACCUCUCGAUACCCGUUUCGCAGGUCAUCAGUGUUGGUCCCGCCGAGGCUUACCUCGAGCCUUUGUUGGCAACCGCUUUUGUGGUUGUCUUAAUGGUGACGCACUGUUUGGGGCAUCGCGAGAGUAGCGGAAUUCAGGUUCUCUCGACAUUGGUUAAGAUCACUCUGCUUGUAGGUCUCGUUGUUAUCGGGCUCUUGUUCGGCGAAGGAGAUUGGGGACAUUUUGCGGCGAGUCAUGUUCCUGAUUCCAACGAGGUUUUCACGCUAGGCAUCGGUUUGAUUUACGUCAGCUAUGCAUACACAGGCUGGAAUGCCGCAGCCUAUGUCGCUGGUGAAGUCCGCGAUCCAGAGCGUUUGUUGCCACGAAGUUUAAUCGCCGGAUGUCUGUCGGUGAUGGGCUUGUACCUGCUGGUAAAUCUGACGUAUAUCUUCGCACUUGAUCCACAGGAAAUGACGCAGCGAAGUAUUCCGGAAGUGAUUCCCGUGGCCCAGUUCGCUGCGAAAGAAAUGUUUGGAAACCAAGUCGGCGAUGUUGUCUCGGUGCUGCUUGGAUUAGGGAUGCUGGCUUCGGUGAGUGCCUAUAUGUUGUCGGGGCCGCGCAUCGCGUUUGCCAUGGCGAACGAUGGC